GGGUUGUGGUAUAUAAAGACACAGCGCCUAUUUCUCUUGCUGAAAAAAAGUGAAGCUACGUUCGUGCUUCGCUUCAUAAAUCGCGAUCGAAUAUCAACCUCACCGGAGUUUUGGUCGGAGAGAGAAGAGAAAUCGACGAUUUACGUGCUGGUUUAACGAAAGUUAAUAGUAUAUUCAAAAGAAGAGUUGCAAGGAGUUAGAAAGGGAAGAAAAGCAGUCACUUGAUUUCUGUUCGGAGGCAGAGAAAGUUCUUUUCUUGCAAACUUUCUCGGGAUUUCGAUUCGUAGAAAGUCUACUCAACGUGGCAUCUCCGUACUGCACUUAAUUUCUCGAAGCAUCUCAGCUUUUUCCUUCUCGAAUGGGAGUGGAAGUAGCCGCUGCUUAUUUGCAAUGGUCACAGCCAAUUCUUCCUCAGUCUCCAUCUUCCUCGCAGACCCUUGCCUCUGCAAUGUCCUCUCCCGCGUCAAAACGAAGGAGCCGUCGAGGAAGAGGAGUAGGAGCGGAGACAGCUAUCCUUUGCCUCCAAGUCCCGCAUAGGCUCAAGCGGUCGGCUCUGUUUGGGACUGGAUCGGCGAAGCUCCGCAGGUCUCAAUCUCUUGCUUCGCCGAAAGAAUUGACAAGCGGAAUCCGUCCUAUUAGGAGAGCUUGUAGUGCAAGCUUGCAGUCUUUCUCCGACGAGGAAUUCUCGAAGAAGAUUCAAGAGUUGGCUCUCAGAUUCCAAGUCUCCGGUGACGAUGAAGAUGAUGAAACUGCAAACGAUGACAACUCGGCCUCGGACUGGCAACCGGAGAGAGUUCGGGAUUCCGAUGACCACCUGAACCUCAACAUAGUGAAUAGUUUCGAUAGUUUUCGAUUAGAGGUACCCAGCUUUGUACUGGACUCCGUUGAGCCACCAUGGGGAGAGAUAGUCCCUGAUUCGACCAUCGAACGGAAGGCGAACAGUGUUGAUCUCCCGCUUUCUCUUCGGAUAAUAAAGAGGAAGAUCCGGUGGCAGGAGGAUUUUAGAGAGGCGAGAGAAUCAGCUUGUUGCUCAGUCAAAAAGGCUUUUUCGUCCUUGGUGUUCAUUAUUCGGGAGCUUCACAGCUUCACCUUGCAAAUGAGAGAGUUACUUUUCUACGAGGAUUUACAUGGGAUUCUCGAUCGGGUCCAGAAGGAGAUGCACGCUUCCUUCGUAUGGCUCUUCCAGCAAGUCUUCUCACACACGCCGACUUUAAUGGUGUACGUGAUGAUACUCUUGGCGAAUUUCACAGUUUAUUCCAUGGGAAACAACACUGCCAUUGCUGCAUCUCCCCCACCCGGAUCCUACGCCGCGAAGAGCGCAAUAUCAUCCAUCAUGGAAACUCAGGAUCAGAAGCACCGAAAGUUUGAUACUUCAUCGAUCAAGUCGUUCUCCAUUUCAUCUUCCUCUAGUGGGAAGUCAACCUCCAUAGGCGGUAACAGUGGCGGUGGCGGGAAAACACCGCCGGUCGCUAGCGGGACAGACGGCGACGGAUUAUUUGACCAGUCCAACCAUUUUAGAACCAUCCUUCCCGAUGGCGCUUCGCAGUUGUCGUCAUUUGGAUCGACGAGAGAGACAGAGUCGGUUUCAAGGCAAGACAGCAGCAGAGAAGAGGAGUUGAGUGUAUGGAAUUCCAUUGUAGAAGAAGCUGAAACAAUGCAAGCUUCAUUGAGAGACCAGGGGCUUGAUCAUGAAACGAUGCAGAGAUUAGUUUCCCCCGUGAAUGCCAAGAUUGAAGCCGAUGAUUACGUGGAGUAUUCCAGAACAGAGCUUGUCUACCUAUCAGGAUUAGCCCAAGAACCUAACAACCCUCUCCUGCUCGCCAAUUACGCUCAAUUCCUCUAUCUCGUUGCUCGUGAUUAUGAAAGAGCGGAGAAGUACUUCAAGAGGGCAUUAGGAGUGGAGCCGGUCGACCCAGAGGCAUACAGCAAGUACGCAUUAUUCUUAUGGGUAGUAAAGAAGGAACUGUGGGCGGCUGAGGAGGCGUACUUGGAAGCCAUCUCUGCCGAUCCCUCCAACUCAUACUACGCAGCCAACUACGCCCAUUUUCUCUGGAACACUGGCGGAGACGACACCUGUUUCCCUCUCGAUUCCCCAGAUACCAAACAAACUUGAAUCUUGAAUCUUGAAAUUUACCCAUAAAUUUUUUGUUAGAAAAAAAGCAUCCCAGAAAGAGAGAAUGAGAAAUCGGAGAUACAGACACAGAAAACCCACAUUAUGCCACAGAAUAUUCUUACCCCUCCUCCACCCCAUCUUUUGCUUGUUUCUUUCUUAUUUUUCCUCAUCUUCCACUGGUCCCAGUCAUUUCUUUACCCGAAAAAAGAAAAUACAAGAAAAAUUUCUCAGAGGAGAAGAAGAAGAAGUAGAAAAGAGAUAGUAAUUCAUUUGAUCUCUUUUAAAAAAUAAAAAUUUCGUGGGGUUGCUGUUUGAAAUUUCCAGUUUUGAUUUUCCGGGAUGUAAGAUGUUUGGCGGAGGAAAAGUAUCGGUGAAGUUAGUGGAGGGUGUUAGUGGCGGCGACUGUUUCGGAGAUUUGAAGAAAUCAGGCACGUGACUGAGAGUAAUGGACACACGUGAUCAGAGAUUGGUGGAGAUUUUAUUGCACGUGAAAAGUGGGAAGAGGAGCAAUUAAUUAAAGAUGGUGGGUUUGACUUGGAUCGAGAUUUGCUCAGAAAUACUUAAUUUUUCUUCUUUGCACAGUCUUUUUUUUUUAGAUAUUCUGUUGGUGACACAGCUUAAAAGGUAAAAAUGUAAUUAAACUUUUAGUUACUGUUAAUAUAAUGGCAUUAUUUUUUCCA